AUGGCAGCUCUCGUCCAGUCAUUUCCAGCUCAACAGUCUUCCCCACCGGUCACUUUGAUGCAGUCACGUCCUCAAUCUUCCACGACUACUUUGCAAGCAGGAACUCCAAGCCAGUCCGCUCUCCCUGCCCAGCAUCAUCACUUGACUCCACGAAAUAUGGGAGGUUAUCCGAACACAAAUACUGGUAGCAACAUUUCUGGUAGCAGUUAUCGCUCUGGCUACUCGUCUGCGCCUGUGGCCCCCUAUGCUUUCACAAGCACACCCGGGCUGUCAAAUACAAAGUCAGCCUUGACCGGCCCUAAGAUCAGUGAGAGAACAUCAUCUGCUGCCGCUGCCGGACACUUGGAUUCACGAAAUCGUUACCCCGCGUCAGAUUCUGUAUCGUCCUCUUCUUCAGCUUCUUCAGACCCGUCACUUCGAAACCAACAGGCUCAAUCCAUAGUCCGUUCGAAGGAGGAACACUCUGAUGGUCGACCUAACCCGAGACCUGUUUCUACAAUAUCGACCAAUCUGCCACUUCCACCGAUAUCGUCCCCAACUAACCGGCCCAGUCCCGACCGCUACCGUCGUGUCAAUAAUGGGCGAGCGAGUUCCCAUACAGGGCAAAUCGGGGGUGGGUCUGCUCAGCCAAGCGGGUCUGGGAUGGCUGCAGUAGCUGCUAUAUAUACGCAGCCUGGUAAGGCGAACAGCAAUCCUUCGCUACCGCCGACAACUGGAAAUGUGGGCGGAGUGGGAAAGGCACCUUUUAUUGGGGAUUACACUGGACAAUUGAGGAGUCAAUCCGUAGACGAUAUUCAUACUUAUCGAAGUCCGUCUGCUAUUUCGAAUUUACAACAGAUGCAUGAUAGGCGGAGAUCUGUUGGCCCUGAUGCAUUUAGUCCCGAAAGUUUCCAAAACUUUGUAAGGAAUGAAAUGUCAUCCUUGUCUCAGACAACAAACGCACAGCUUUCUCGGCCAGGAUCUGCCGCCAGUGGCUCUGCUAGCGGUUCUAACAGGUCACAACCUGGGGCUUCAGGCCGUAAUUCUACCACCCAAAAUACUCCCCGACCGGGUAAUAGGAGAACCGGUAGUACAGAUAGUUCUGCCUCGGGCAAUUCCUCACGUCCAAGCUCUAGUAAACGUAACUCUACUCAUUCGACAACCUCCAGCCCUGGCCAGAGCUCGCCUAACUCCCCACACGAGAUCAAUCUUGCCCACGUUCCUCCACGUGGUUCCUCUACCGAUCUAAACAAGCGAACCACAGCACCAUCACCUCUGUCCAAACCAAUGACUAUGAGCUCAGAUUCACCUUCUGCUUCGCAACUACCCGACAACCCAGCCAACCCCAAUGCGGCUCCGCAAUCUUCAGGAAAUCUCAGGGCUGAACACCCUACUGUCUUCUCUGAGCCGCGUAAAGGAAUGAAGAACCGGCUCAGACGUGCCUUUUCGUUCGGUAGCGCAGCAGAACUUCGUAAAGUCUCGGCUGUCAACAGUUUGAGGGGUGAAGAAUUAGCCGAUAAAGCGAGAACGCGGCAAGAGAAGUUCCGCGAAGAACAAGAGGCGGAGCAGGCAAGAAUUGCGAAACGCCAGGAGGAAGCUGGGUUGGGCGAAGGCAUUUACAACGGUCAGGGGAACUUUUUCACCGGGUCGACCGACAAUAUCUCAGUGUCAUCGACAGCAUCGUCAGCUUCGAUUAUGAUUAGGAAAAUGGGCAAGGGAAUGAAGAAAUCUACUCGUUCGCUUGUUGGGCUAUUUAGGCCCAGAUCAGUCGUUGGCGUCCCCGCUGCCAGUGGGCCUGUCACCUCCCAGCCCAGCACUGGUCAGGUGUCGAUGGUCACUGUUGAAGCGGAGCGUGAGAGGGUUAAUGUGAACGCCGAUCCGCACGAACAGGUGGGCGGUGGGACCGGGUUUCCUAAGCUGGAUAGAAAUUCAAUUGAGAGUGGGCAACACCGGACGCUGGAUCCAAAUGUCUGGGGCGCUAGUAUUGCUGGUGAUGAUACAGCCCGCAAGAGUGUAGUUGGGACCGAUAGGGAUCGGGCCGAUAUUCUAGCUACUAUACGGAGGGGAAUCUUAAAACGGUCCGGCUCUUCUUCUCCCGUAGCCAAGCCGGUCGAUCUCAAUGGUGCGGCUUUUGGUUCCUCGAACGCUGAGAACCAGCGGCCAUCAUCUAGUAAGCAAAGGUCGGAUUCGCUCAAGAUCGAAGGUGAUGAUUACUUCAUGUCUUCACCUCGAUUCCCAGCCGGUUCUUCCAACAGUGCCCCCACCUCGCCUGCUUCAAUGUCGCGGUAUAACGUCAGCUUUAGCCCACGGAUUACGUUUCACGAUACCUGGCCAAGCGGGGAGUACGAUAGACGUGGAGAGAUUGCCACAUGUAAUAGGUUGACUCCUAUGCUGGCUCAACAGAUCAAGGAGGAGUUGAAUACAUUCAAAAUGGAGAUGGAUGUUCAUGAGGAGUCCAAAGUUUAUACGCAUUUCUUCUAAUGACCUGUGUGCAACGAGGCGUUUCAAAAGCUUUUUACUUUUUCUUAGGAGCUACAUUUUUAUACAGCGACUAUACAUCUUUUCCUAGAAGCUGAACGAGGUUAUUUGCCAUACGUUAUUUUUACCUGUCAAAAGUUAGGCGAGAUGGGGUUGUUGAGAAGGGAGACGAUGAGUGGCACGUCCUUCCGGAAAGCUUUGCCUAUCUCUGCUACCACUCCCAAUGGACUGGAACUGGGUCUCCUUUAUUUUAUUUUACAUACUUCCUUUAACUUUGUAUCGGUUACAUUUGCAUCCUUUUCAUUCAUCCAUUCCAGUGUCAUCCCUUCGUAUGUGGUUUGCUUUUCGCGUGGCAUAGUGUUUUGGGCAUUUUCUGUUAUUUGCGCGUUGGUAAUUUUUCUUUUUCUUUCCUUUUCU